UUUUUUUAAUCCUGGAUUUCGUCGAUCGCAAAACAUCCGAUUUGUUAGGGGAUAUUUAUUACUGGCGCGAAAAAGUUCGGAAUUCGAGAGGCGUUGGCCACACUAACACGCUCCGGUGUGCGCUUGGAUAUUUUGUUUUUUAUAGCGCCGGCUUUUAAUCCAAAACAUGGAUCUGGUGGAGCUUCUGCAGCAGGCCCAGCGCCUGGCGAACGAUACAAAAAUGGAAAUGGAAAUGGGUGUGGAGCGGACCAUGUCGCAGGUGCUGCAGGCCACCCAAGAACUCCACUCGCGUGUAACCCAAACGGGCACCAACGACCUGCAGGCCCACAUACUGCUCGGCUCCAAGGGCGUGGACCUGCCAAAGCUGACCCAGAAGCUGGAGACGCUGAGCGCCCGCCAAUCCUUCGAGCCACUCGAUCCCGUCACGGAUACCGAUGUCCAGGGCUAUCUGAAGAACGAGCGCGAGAACGCCAUUCUGUCCGUCAUCGACGAAACGAACCGAAGUAUUUUCGAGUCCGUGGAACGGCAGAAGUGGCGCUGCAUCUACGCCGAGUGGGGCGAGGAAAAGGAGUCGCUGCUGAACGCUCUGGUGGGUCCUGGCCAGCAGGACUUUCCCGACGUGCAGCGCCACAUGGUGCCCACGGCAAUGGCCGACGAACCCACUCCGUACUCCCGCAUGAAUGUCAUCCAGCAGCUGUACGCUAAACAGAUCACCGCCUAUAACGAGUCGGUCAUCAAUGGCAGCCAGCGGAACAACUUGGUGUCGACCUUUGCCCAUUUGUCCCACGAUUCCUUCGACGAUUCGCUCGUGACCGAAAUGUGGAACGUGCUGGAGUUCAUGACCGCUGUGACGCCGCUGUCGCGCAACAUCGAUCCCAUCAAGAGCCGCCAAACGGCGCCGCAAUUCAUACAGCAGGCGCGCACCUACUUAGAGCGCAGAUAUAAGACUUAUAUGAACAAGGUUAUCGAGCAGAACCUGGUUCUGGCCCGACGCGGUGGAAUUCCCAAUGUCUACAACGUGGUGGGCUCCUACGUGGGCGUAACUUUCCAGCAGCCGCAAUCCCUCUACGGACUGCACGACGUGAGCAAUGGCCGGCCGUUGUGGCCCCUGAUUUACUAUAGCCUGCGGAGCGGCGAUCUGGGAGCGGCUGUGCAGUACCUCAAGGAAUCGGGGGUCUGCCCCGAUCUCCUCAAGCUGAUGACGCUGCAGAAGAUGGGCGACACGGAUACCUCAACGGCAAAGAUCGAAGGUCAGCUGAAGCUGGAGUAUAACAACAAGCUCCACGUCUGCACAGAUCCCUACAAAAAGGCGGUUUACGUUAUCGUGCUGGCUUGCGAUCCGCACGAUUCGCACGCGGAGCUGAUGCGCAGCAUCGACGACUUCCUGUGGAUGCAACUGUCCAUUCUGCGCGGCCAGGAGAAGCGCGACUACAACAUCGAGCAGCUUACCUACGCCGGCCUGCAGUCGCUGAUCCUGGACAAGUACGGCGAGAACUACUUUAAUGCUCGCGAAAAGACGCCGCUCUACUUCCAGGUCCUGGCCCUGACCGGUCAGUUUGAGGCCGCCAUCGAAUUUCUGGCCCGCACUGAGACGAAUCGGCCGCACGCCGUCCACAUGGCUAUUGCCCUAAAUGAGCUGUCCAUGUUAGGAGCACCCAGUUCAGUGAAGCAGCCGCUCCUGAGCUCCGAGCCCGACGACCCAUCGCCAAUGAAGCGUCUAAAUCUGGUGAGGCUGAUCGUCAUGUACGCCAAGUGCUUCGAGCAGUCGGACACUGAGCAGGCGCUGCAGUACUACUACCUGCUGCGCCACUUCAAGUCCGAGGAUGGCAGCAACGCGAUGCUCAGCUGUGUCUGCGAUCUGCUCGUGGAGAACUGCGACGACCGCAUGCUAGAACUGAUCUUCGGAGUCGAGGAUGAGUUCAACUCCUUCCGCUUCACAGGCGGCAUCUUCGCCGAGUUCCACACAAUGGACUACGACAAGUACUCGCUUGCUGGGAUGGUGGGCGAUGAGCUGUCGAAACGCAGCAACUACGAGUCGGCCAUCAAGCUCUACUUCAUCGCCGGCCAGCUGGACAAGGCGCUGCGCCUGGUGUGCUCUUUGCUGUCUCAGGUGGUCCACCAGCAAUCGCGACCGGGAAGCAUGCGGGAGCGGCUGUGCGGCGUUACCAAAAGACUGGACGCAGCGCUGGCCGAGCGCAAAACGGAUGUGGAGGCCCAUGUGAUUGUCACCUAUACGGUGUUGUCACAGGUAAUGGAGUUCUUCGAUUUUCACCACGCGGGCGAAUCGCGUUUGGCCUCGGAAAUACUAGCCAACAAUAGGCUGAUACCCGCCAACUCCUACGAAGUGGACGAGUGUGUGACGAACCUAAAGCGCAUGGGCCCGGAAAUCAUUAAGGUGUUGCCUGACAUCCUGCUGGCCGCCAUGGAUAUUGUCUACGGGGAGUAUGUGAGCCAGAGGGGCACCAGCGGGUCAGGUUCAGUCUUCGGCGACGAGACUAAGAGCGAAAACAAGGAGGCCGUUCUGCGGCAGUUAAGGGCCAGAGCCAAGGCACUGACCAACAUGGCGGCCAGUGUUCCGUACCGAAUGCCAUCGACCACCAACCAGCGGCUCGUCCAGCUGGAGAUCCUUAUGCACUAGCACCAGCCGCAUUGAGUCCCUCAAUUAGCUAUCGUUUCGCUUAAAUCCAUUUGUUUAGCUUGUUUAAGAUUAUAUUGAACACUUUUUAAAUAAGCUGAUUGGGAUAUUUUCUUAUUGUUGAGUUUAAAAACACUAAGCCGUUAAAUACAAAUGUCUAAUGAGGUGCCAGCAAAAUAUCUGGCUUUAUUAAAUAUACUUUAAAGCACUCCAAAACUAA